UAUUCCUUUCUAUUUAAAUAGAUGGCUGUUUUUAUUGCUGGAGUAGUGGGCAUUAUCGUUUUUUAUGUCAUCAUACUUGGACUUGGUAUAUGGGCUGCACAAAAGAAAAAACAAGGAGAAGAGGAGACGAUCCUGGCAGGACGAUCCAUUGGAGCAGCACUGGGAACCUUUACUUUGACAGCAACUUGGGUUGGUGGAGGAUACAUCAAUGGUACUGCUGAGGCUGUUUAUGAUAAAGGUCUUAUAUCUGCUCAAGCACCUUGGGGAUAUGCAACAAGUCUUGCCCUAGGUGGAAUGUUCUUUGCAAAAAUCAUGCGUAGACGAAACUACGUAACCAUGCUCGAUCCCUUCCAGGAGAAGUAUGGUACUARGAUGGGAGGUCUUCUGUUUUUCCCUGCCUUAUUGGGCGAGAUCUUUUGGAGUGCUGCCAUAUUGUCCGCACUUGGUUCUACCGUCAGUGUUGUAAUUGGUCUUGGAAAACAGCUAUCCAUCAUUGUAUCUGCWUGUAUAGCUGUGCUGUAUACUCUAGUUGGUGGUCUGUAUUCGGUUGCUUAUACUGAUGUUAUUCAGCUCCUUUGCAUAUUUAUCGGACUGUGGCUGAGUAUCCCAUUUGCAAUGACAAAUAAGGCAGUGACCAAAAUAUCUACAACAGCCCCAAUGUGGAUGGGUGAAUGGCCAGUGAACUACGGAUACUGGCUUGACCAUGCAAUGCUUCUGGUAUUUGGAGGCAUUCCUUGGCAGGUGUAUUUUCAACGAGUGCUUGCUUGUAAAACUCCAGCCAAGGCACAAUUCCUGUCGUUUGCUGGUGCAUUUGGUUGUGUGAUCAUGACAAUCCCAGCUGUUUUAAUCGGAGCUAUUGGUGCAUCAGCUGACUGGAGGCAAACAAGCUACUAUGAUGCCCCCAUUAACGUCACACUGACAAACAAUUCCGACCCCCUCAAGCCACAUGGACUGCUUAUUCUCCCAUUGGUUCUACGUCAUCUUACUCCUAACUACAUUGCUUUCUUUGGYCUUGGAGCCAUUUCUGCUGCUGUCAUGUCAUCAACGGACUCCAGUAUCUUAUCAUGCAGCAGCAUGUUUUCACACAACAUUUACAAGGCAGUCUUCAGGCCAAAAGCCACCAGUCGUGAGUUGCUCUGGGUGAUUCGAGUGUCCAUAUUGGUGGUUGGUACUCUGGCUACCUUGAUGGGACUGACCGUAGACUCGGUGUACUCCCUCUUYGCGCUGUGCAGUGACCUAGUCUACGUGGUUCUCUUCCCUCAGCUAUGCUGUGUCAUCUAUGUGCAACACACCAAUACCUAUGGAUCAUUAGCUGGUUACWUCUUGGGUCUCGUUCUCCGUGUCCUUGGAGGAGAGAAAUUGAUWGGCUUACCACCUGCCGUCAAGUACCCAUACUACUCUGAUGUAUACGGUCAGAUGUUUCCAUUCCGUACCCUUGCGAUGGCUUGCUCUUUCGCCACCAUCUUGGUGGUGUCUUACCUGAUAAGGUACCUGUUCAAGAAGGAAAUUMUUCCGAUGUCGAUGGAUUUCCUAUACUGUUUCCGGGAGUAUGACCUUAAGCACGACAAAGAACCAAAUAUUGUUUCUGCCCAAACAAAAGAUAAGUUUGAAAUGCCAGAGCUUGGUUUUUCUAAUUUGGCUGAAAGUUCUGUAAAACUUCCCAAGGAGUAAAAUCAAUGCACCUUUGAUGAAGUCGCGUGACGUACCACGUAGUAAUGUUUCCAUGUGGAGGUUGAACUUAAACGGCAGCAGAUUCACAGAAAGAAUAUGAAAUCUUCACUCCCAACUUCUAUCUGGAACCAUUGAUUGUCGUCACUAUAUUCAUUUCAGKAAAGGUCAAUCACAUAAAACUUUUGGUAAAUGUUGUCAAACGAAAGUUACAAAUAAUAGUCUUAGCAUUUUAGUGCUUUGGUUUUAAUAACUGCAUGUGCUAUGUAAACUCUUGAUAUGACUGUUGAUAUUAGGAUGUUGUAGUCAGUAUGCAAGCGCAAUACAAAGAAAACGUAAGAUGGUAGUCAGCAAGCGCAAUACAAAGAAAUGGUAAGAUGGUAGUCAGCAGGCGCAAUACAAAGAAAACGUAAGAUGGUAGUCAGCAGG